CUUCGCGCCCGCGUUAAUAAUUGUUGUUCUUGUUGUUUGACCCGGCUGGCCUGGAGCUCCCCUCUUUUGUCAUCCGCACUCUUAGAGCUGGGCCACCGACCAUCCAAUAACCUGGGCGUGCACGUUCCUUCCCCGAUUUUGGGUCCGGGCUACUCAAGUGGCGGUUGACCUCGGAUGUCACUCUCGGAGAUAUCACGGCCCUCUUCGGCAUUCUUGAACACUAUUCCCCUCCUGGGCCAGCAUGUCCAGGUCUAACGCUGCCGCUCAAAAGAUAUCAAUCACCAAGGCCCUGAAAGCUGAACGCGAUGUAUCUGGAGCCACCUCCCAGGAGCAAGCCCUCGAAGCUGCCAUCGACGCGGCUGAGCACUACAUGAAAGCGCUCAGCUUGGCCACCAGCCUAGUUGACAGACAGUCACUAGAUUCCAAAUGUCAUGACUGGCUCGCGCGAGCAGAAAAGAUAAAAGAGGCCGACGACUGGCAAGCUGUGAUAUAUGCCUACGAAAGAAGCCUCUUGUCACGGUUACCUAAACCCACUCGGAAACUCACCACGCGUGAGGAAAUCAUUCUACUUGAGAGUGCAAAGAUAAAUGGAUUUAUCUUUCCGCCAUGGAGAAGUGUCCCAAGUCCUGAGGAUUUCAAGCAGGAUGACGAGAACCUGUUUACUGAUAAACCUGAUCUUCAUCUAUCCGAGCUGCAGAAGAGCGUGCUCGCAGGAUGGGAACGGCCUCUUGAGCUAUUGUCCAAGCAUGCGGGCGAAGCAAACGAGCCUAUAGUCCCUGUGAUGUCCGUCUCAGAGAAAAUAGAUCUUGUUCAAGAUAUGUUGACAGACUGCUCUGUGGUUGCUAGCCUUUGUGCUGCUACAUCACGGUCGGAACGGGGUUUAGACAAGAGCCAUCUCCCCCUAGCGUUUCCUUGUGAAUAUGGACAGGUCAUGCCAAAAUUUUCACCGUCAGGAAAAUACAUAUUCCGAUUCUAUUUCAAUGGAUGCUUCAGGAAAGUGAUCAUUGAUGACCGUCUACCCGCAUCCAAAACAUCAAGAUCACUCCAUGUUGUUGAUCGAAAUAACCCUAACUUUCUCUGGCCUGCUUUUGUGGAAAAAGCGUAUCUAAAGAUCCGUGGAGGCUACGACUUUCCUGGGAGCAAUUCCGGAACAGACUUGUGGGUUUUGACAGGUUGGAUUCCAGAGCAGGUCUUCUUACACGACGAUGAUGUAACUGCAGAGCAACUCUGGAGACGUCUGUUCAAGCCAUUCCGCAAGGGCGACGUGCUGUUGACGAUAGGCACCGGGAGACUGACCGAGAGAGAGCAGAAAGAAGUAGGUCUUGUGAGUGAACAUGACUAUGCGAUAUUGGAUAUGAGAGAGCAGAGGGAUCGCCGCCAGAUUCUUGUGAAGAACCCGUGGGCAGGGGACGACACCAUGGUCGCAGACAUCGCGAACCGGUUCGGACUGACAGAUAUGCCCCACAAUUCGUCCUCUUCCUUCCCUGGAACCUUUUGGAUGGAUUGUGAAAGCGUCCUUCAACAUUUCGAAAAUCUCUAUCUGAAUUGGAACCCCGCAACCUUCCGAUACCGGGAGGACAUUCACUUUACGUGGGAUCUGUCGACGGCGAGAGGAGUAGCGGGAUGCUUUGCAAAGAACCCCCAGUUUUCCGUGACUACCGAGACUGGAGGUAAUGUAUGGCUGCUGCUUGGGAAGCAUUUCAAGACGAUUGACCACCCAAGCCUACUGGAUGACAUCGAGGAGCAAGGUUUCAUCAGUAUAUAUGUGUUCAACGCGAAUGGGAAACGAGUCGCAUUGAGUGAUGGUGCUCUCCACCGCGGACCCUACGUUGACUCGCCAAACACUCUCAUGAGGCUGGAAAUGCCCCCAAAAAUGACAUACACUGUUGUGAUUUCUGAGCAGUCAUUGCCCGCUGCGAGCCAAAACUUUACGUUAUCCGUGUUGUCUUCGGCUCCAGUUGUUGUAGCGCCUGCCCAGAACAAAUACAGUUGCGUAACAAAGAGUCAAGGGUCAUGGAUGCCUUCCACCGCAGGAGGAAACGCUGAGUCUGCUCGAUACCCUUUCAACCCGCAGUUCAGUUUAGAGAUUCAUGAUGCGACUGACCUUUCGAUUCUGCUUGAACCCUCAGAUCCAGAGCUCGCUACCCAUGUGAAAUUGUUUUGGUCCAAGGGACAGCGCGUGUCUAGGGUCCGAAACCGUGAUCUUAUAAUUGAUAGUGGCGACUACCGCCGUGGCGGCUGCGUCGCGGAGAAAAGAAAUCUGGAAGACGGGCUGUAUACUAUCGUCUGUUCUACCUUCGCCCCGGACCAACUCGGGCGUUUCACCCUUUGGAUUUCUUCCUCAAUUCCGUGCAACGUCAAGCCGCUUGCGCCAGAAUCGGCCGGGAGACGAGCAGUCAUAUCAGAUGUUGGUGUCAUGACUCCUGGAAGAGAUCGGAUGCUGGCAUCGUUGGACACACCGCGAUUGACACGAAUCAAGCUAAUUGGAAGAAGCCGACAGUCAACGAUCGGGAAUCGCGCUGUUGGGCCAUCCCCCACGCUGAUGACGGUAGAACUCGGCCAGGGGCCAUACAAAGAAAUCUUGGCUACCUCCGAAGAUGGAAACCACAGCGAUGCCAUAUCGGGAGUGCGCAUCGAAGACUUCAAUCUACCCCCAGGUCUUGAGAGCCGGGGUGGAGCGUGGAUUGUCAUCGAGAGGAUUGGAGGGCCUGGAGGACAGGUAGAGGAUCAUUUCGAAGUGGAAGCGUUGGCUGAAGAGAGGGUGAAUAUUGGGGAAUGGAUUGUUGAAGAUGCAUGACAGCAGGGUGUGCUGUGAGGGAGUUGCCAUGAACAGCGGGAGCAAGUGAUCUUAAUAACGCUAAGCAUAAAUAAGUCAAUCUCAAGGUAG